UGCUUCCGCUUGUUAUCCACUCACAUUGCCGAGCAUCAACCCCUCUCUCUCUCUCUCGUUCUCGCUGUGAAGAGACAUGGCUUGUAGCUCGCAGUUCACGAGUUCCACGACCACCGUAACCACCCGAGCCCAAGCGCAGCAUCAGCCGCGUCAUCUCCUCCUCCCUCCUCUCCGGCCCAUCAGGUCCUCCCCGUCCUCUCGCUCGUCCCUCAGGCUCAUCGCUUCGCUGUCUCGCCGCAGAGACCGGACGGCGUCGGCAUGCAGCAUCGUCGCCAGGGCCUCACCGGGAGGCGAAAGGGGCAUCGUUCCGUCCGAUGGGGACGACGACGGAGUCUCUCUGGGUACCAUGAAGUUGCCCCCAGACACCGAUCUCCAGAGAUUCGAAACCCUGCUUUUCCAGUGGGCGAACAGUCUUUGCCAAGGAGCAAAUUUGCCCCUCCCGAUGCCUCUUAAGGUCGAUAAAAUACCUGGAGGAGCAAGGCUAGGAUUCAUUACAAUUGAAGAUGGGAAAACCGAGGUCCUUGUAUACAUAGAUUGCCUGGUUUUCCCACCGACUGAUGGUUCAGUCCCGAUCUUCCAAGCCACAAGAAACGGACAGCUGAAGGAUCAACCUCCCCCCGGCGAGCCGAGAAUCAUGAGAAGUCUUCUUGCUGCUCUCAAGAAGUCGGUUGAAAUUGCUAGAUUAUGAAUGCCUAUACCACGAUUUUCAUCUGCAGGGUCAGAAGUUUGGGAUCCUUGAAUCAGCACGAGAACGUAAUUGCAUUGUCGUCCGUGACUUAUGCCUAUUCGCCCACGCCUUUGGUGGGAUAUGCAGAGAACAACCAAACUCAACGAGAAAAGUUCAUUUAUGUAAGUAGUUGGACCUUAGAUUCGUUAAGUUUAGUCUCUGACUUUGUAAAGCAAGCAUAUUUUUACCCUUGGAAAAUAAGAGCUAGGCUUGAACUUAUGCAUUGAAUUGGAGAGCCAAGAACAUGAGAAGAAAAACAAUUUUGCA